CCCAAGGUUCCUUCCCUGAGUAGGAGCUGCUUCCAUGUGUGAGGCGGUUUGGGCUCAGCUAUAAGGUGGGGCUAGGGUUGACUUUUCGCCCUCCCCCCCCCCCCCCCCCCCGUGACCUGCAGCCUCAGAAUCCGGGGAAAGAAUGAGCUUGAAUGUGGGCUCUUGCUGUAGACCAUGGGAACUAACCCUCUCCAUCCCACUUGCUUAUACCUCGUCUCUAUGCCUGCUGUGAGGACAGCGACUGGGCCAGGUGGGAGCUCUUCAGACUGCCUCUUCCUGUGGCCUGGUGUGCAGGUGUGGGUGUUGGGAUUAGUUUGGGAGAAUAUUUGCCAGCUGUCAUUUUUCUGCCCAGGUAUAAAUACUAGACAGCCCUUCCAAGUCCUGGGUUAACUCUUGUCUCCCUGGGGAGCUUGGCCAGAAGCUCACCAUGAAAACACCACACUGGCACAGGCAGCACUGCAGAACCCUGGCCAUACUCUGCAGGGACACACCAGGGCUGGGACCUUCUUCCCAGCUCAGCCCAGACGCGUGGAGGUGGAGGGCGGGAGGAGGGGAGGAGCCAUGGCUAUUCAGGCUCAGUCUGGGUCUGCCCCAGAAAUAAUUCCAGCUUGCUUUAAGCCCAAACUUAGAUACAAAGAUGCCAAAAGCUGGGACCAGAGCAGCAGGUGGUGGGCCCCUACCCUCGCUACUCCUCAGCCUCCCAACACUUUUCUGCUUAGGAGGCCAGUGGAGGGAAAAGAGGCCAUGUCUCUACAGAGAAGCCAGGCUCUAGACCACUCAGCAGUUAAGAAAUUCUUGCCACAUGAACAUGAGGUCUAGAGUUCAGAUUCCCAUCCGCCUCAGAAGGCGGGCAGGCAACCCACCUCUAAAUCCAGCCUCAGAGGGGGAGACAGGAGAUCCCCAGAGCAAGCCAACUAGCCACAGCAGUGAGCUCUGGGGUUGGCUGGGACACCCUGCCUCAGCACUGAGCUCUGGGGUUGGCUGGGACACCCUGCCUCGGCGAAUAGAGAAGACGUAGCAUAGCUCCCACCGUCAGCCCAGGGCCUCCAUGCACACACCCCAUACGCUGCGGCCAUACACCUGCAACACGAACGCACAUCACACGCACACAUGAAAACGGAAAAAGAGAACGAGUGCGCCAGGCUCAGGGCUCCUCUGGGAUGGGCCCAUCCUGCCCGCGAUGGAAGCCCUCUCCCCACCCGCAGGACCACGCUUGCUUCUCUGCGUCCUGUCUUCUGCACAUGUGGACAAACGUGGCCAUCGAUGCUUGGUGCUUGCUCCCGUCACGGAGCCGUGUGCAGCUGCUCAGGGCCCAUCAAGCGCUGGCCCAUGGUGCACACACACACACACACACACACCACACACACACACACAUACCACAUACACACACACACCACAUACACACGCACACACACACCACAUACACACCACACACACACACACCACACACACCACAUACACACCACACACACACACCACACACACACACCACAUACACACCACACACACACACCACACACACACACACACACAUACAUACACACAUACACACACACCACACACACACACAACACACACACACACAGCACAUACACACCACACACACACACACACCACAUACACACCACACACACACACCCCCCCCACACACACACACAGCACAGACACAUACCACACACACCACACACACACACACACACACACACACACACACACCACAUACACACCACACACACACACCACACACACCACAUACACACCACACACACACACCACAUACACACCACACACACACACCACACACACACACAUACAUACAUACACACAUACACACACACACCACACACACACACCACACACACACACAGCACAUACACACCACACACACACACACACACCACAUACACACCCCCCCCACACACACAGCACAGACACAUACCACACACACCACACACACACACACAGACACACACACAGCACACACCACACACACACCACACACACACACACACACACACACACACACCCCACACACACACCUCUGCUCAAGUGUCAUCUCAGAGGUUGUGCCAUGGCUCCCGACUCCAUCAUGCUGGAUUUGGUUUGUCUUCCGGAGUGAUCCCACUUGUUUAUUUAUUGUUUAAUUGUUCCCCCAAUGCUUAUCCUAAUGUAAACCCCACGGUUGCCAGGCUGGGCUGUGCUGCCUUCAGCUGUCUGCACUAAUAAGAAUUCAAUAAACACUUGCUGACUGAAAGAA